GGAGCUGUAACCGGACCGUAUGUAACUGACAGGCAGCAGGGCUGCUCGGAACCGAACUUCACUCACAUUGAACCACGUUUAUCCUCGAAACCGAGACUUUCUUUCACUUUCUCUUACUGAAACCGGCGGGUUCGACUGGUCCCAGCCGGUUCUCGCUGCUGCUCCGGUUGCGGUCCUCGCGGUGCUUGUUUGUGGACGGAGGUCAGCGGCUCUCCAGCUCCGAUCCGACAAGAUGCUUUCCCCAGGCAGGACCGUCUCCUCCCGGCUGCUGAGGCCCGGCUCCUGGCUGCCUCUCCGUCUGGGCUCCGAGCGGACGGCCGCCAGCUCCGUGCCGAAAGAGUUGAUCAAGAAGCGCGAGCUGGAGAAGGACGAGCUCCGCCCCCUUUACAUGGACUUCCAGGCCACCACUCCAAUGGACCCGCGGGUGCUGGACGCCAUGCUGCCGUACCAGGUCAACUACUACGGCAACCCUCACUCCAGAACUCACGCCUACGGCUGGGAGAGCGAGAGCGCCAUGGAGACGGCCAGGAAGCAGGUGGCUGAUCUGAUCGGAGCCGAUCCCAGAGAAAUCAUCUUCACCAGCGGAGCCACCGAGUCCAACAACAUGGCCAUCAAGGGCGUGGCCAGGUUCUACCAGGCCAAGAAGCGUCACGUGAUCACCACGCAGACCGAACACAAAUGUGUGCUGGACUCGUGUCGAAUCCUGGAGUCUGAGGGAUUCAGCGUCACCUACCUGCCAGUCCAGAAGAACGGACUGCUGGACCUGGAGCUGCUGGAGGCCUCCAUCCGUCCCGACACGUCUCUGGUGUCGGUGAUGUCCGUCAACAACGAGAUCGGAGUCAAGCAGCCCAUCAAGGAGAUCGGGAAGAUCUGCCGCUCCAAAGGAGUUUUCCUCCACACGGAUGCCGCUCAGGCUGUCGGCAAGAUUCCCAUCAACGUCUCCGACUCCAGGAUCGACCUGAUGUCCAUCAGCGCUCACAAGAUCUACGGACCCAAAGGUGUGGGAGCUCUGUACGUCCGUCGCAGGCCUCGCGUCCGUCUGGAGCCGCUGCAGAACGGCGGCGGCCAGGAGAGGGGGCUGCGCUCCGGCACCGUGCCCACCCCGCUGGCUGUCGGCCUGGGAGCCGCCUGCAGCAUCGCUCAGCAGGAGAUGGAGUAUGAUCAUCACCGGGUGUCCAUGCUCGCUAAUCGUCUGGUCAGCAAGGUCAUGUCUGAGCUUCCUGAUGUUAUCAUGAAUGGAGAUCCAGAACAGCGCUACCCUGGCUGUGUCAACCUUUCCUUUGCCUACGUGGAGGGAGAGAGUCUGCUGAUGGCCCUGAAGGACGUUGCUCUGUCAUCUGGAAGCGCGUGCACAUCAGCGUCUCUGGAGCCGUCGUACGUCCUCAGAGCGAUCGGAGCCGACGAAGAUCUGGCUCACUCUUCCAUCAGGUUUGGUAUCGGCAGGUUCACCACUGAAGACGAGGUCGACUAUACGGCCGAGAAAUGCAUCCAGCAGGUCCACAGGCUCCGAGAGAUGAGUCCUCUGUGGGAGAUGGUUCAGGAAGGCAUCGACCUGAAGAGCAUCAAGUGGACCCAGCAUUAGACUCCUCCCACUUGGAUGAAGGUUCCCAGCACUCCUGGGGACCGACCAGCUUUUUCUUCCUGUACACAAACACGCACAAACUUCCUAUCCGACUUGAAGUCUGUCUGUAGCUGUAGCUCUGUGUCUCUGUAGAAGCUCCUCCGGUUGCUCUGUCAGGGGACGUUGCUCAGUGAGUUGACCAACGCACAGAAAUCUCCGCUUGUUGUAUUUGUUCUGUUGUGCAUCAGCGUGUUGCCCAACAAGCGGCUUGUGCAUCUCCAGUGAAAAGUGCGACGCGCUGAUGUUUUGGGCCGUCUGAGAUGCGAGUUGACGGUCGAGAGAAAAACGCAAAAUCUUCACUCGUCGCUCCAAAAUUGACGGCGGAUUCGGAUCGAUCGAACUUCGCCUGCAGCAGAAUUCAGACAGAAAUUUAGGACCAACUUCUCACAGCUGCAACAAAUCCGAACACGAACCCACCAGCCGUCGUGAACAUGUACACGUGCCAUUUUUUUAAAUAAAGUUUACUGAGGAAAAAAAAAAAACGUGUGCGCACAAAUCUGAAUGAUACAGAAAAGGGAAAAAACUGCGAUUCGCUUCAAACUGUCUGACCUGCAUCGGCUGAUAUGAUGUGACACAAGCUGAGACUUUAUCAGAUCCAUCUCCCACAGUGUGACAUGCAGCAGAUCCUGCAGUCUGGCAUUUAGUCGGCUCUCUUUGGGCUACUGGACUCACUGAUGAGUGGCAUUGUGAAGCUGGUUAACAGUUGGCUCAGUUAAUUCUCCGUUUACUCAUCCAGUAUUAAUUAUAACCAGCAGCAUCAUCAGUGGAAUAUUUAAUAGCAGGGAAACGACAUUACUGUCAUUCAGCAGGAUGAUAUGUGUCAGAAAUAUUCACACAAAUAGGAUAAAAGUUUGAAUUUAUAAUUCACUGGGCCAGUUAAGAGCAUGUGUGAUUAAUAUGCAGCCUUAGGCAUCAUAACUGAUGCUGUUCUGUUCAGAGUUUGGGAUUUGAAUUAGCUGGAAGAAGCAUCUCCAUUUAACCAGUUCCUCUCCUGAGAGAUUCAGAUUCUCAGCUUAUCUGUAAACCUGUUGAUCUGUAAGCUAAUAAUCCCACGUUAUGAAGCUGCACAGUUGCAACAGGAUAACUAGAUGUUGCCAUGGCAACCUGACAUUUGUUCAGCUGGUGACGCAGAAAACGCAAAAUUGUGUUUUAAUAUUUGAUCCUGAUUUGCUGCCCACUUUGUUUUACACUGCUAGUACUGCAGCUAAUAGAAUAAAUUAGAAAACGGAUCAGUCUGUUGGCAUUUAUCCCAGAAAAUAUUCAAGUAGUAACAUUAAAUUCACUUAGAUUUGGCUAAAAAACUAAUGAUUUCCAUGUUUAAUUCUUUAUGGGACAGUGUCAGACCUACAUGUUGGUGUUUAAAUGAAUGACGUUUGAAGUUUCAGAGCUCUAAUGUGCAGCUUUAAGUCAGAAAUAAGAACUCAGAGUGCAUUAGGCGACGUUAUAAACAUAUUAACGAACAGAAUCAUCAGUUUUCUACCAACGUUCUUCUCUGGAAUUAUUUGCAGUAUCGGUGGUAAAUUUUUUAAUCAUAGUACAUUUUUAUAUUCACCUUUAUAGCGACCUACUCUCCUCACCGAAGUAGGUGACAAAAAAGGGUCACAUGACUCUUCAAAUGCCUCCUUUAGUGGACAAACUGGUUAACAUAGGAAGCUGAUAAACACUCACCUGAUAUCUCCGAUUAAGGUUUUGUCAAGUCAGACAACGCAAAGAAAGCCUGGAUGUGUCAAACUUGCUUCAUCACACACUCCUCUCUGUAACACACACUGACUUUAUGACUUACUGGCGGUGACGCUUUACCUGUGGUGGAGCUUCAUGGUGCCACAAAACUAAAAUGAAACCCAAAGAUGGCUGACUAAACAGCUGAUCUCACUGUGGGAUGUCGCCAGCAUCAUUUCAACCUGAACAGUGUGCUGCAGUUUACCAGGACGUGACGGUUCAUCUCAUAAUACUUUAAGUCGGGACUUUUCACUUGACGAUUCACGUCUCCUGCACUGUUCUUCAUGUUAUUCUCUGUCCUCUCCGUCUUGUCUCAGUCCUCAGUCUUUCCUUCACAUCAGUGUUUACCAGCCAGCAGCAUGUCGGUGUAACAUCCUCAGUGAAAUGUUCAUUCAAACAGUGUUAGCAGCAGCAGCAGCUCGGAUUCUUCUGACAGACUGCAGCCGAUUUUAAAUACUGGAAUCUUUUGUCACAAGUCUGAGGUUGCUGAAGAUGAUCCUGAAAGUCUGAGAACAAACGAGUGAGAUAUUUGUUUGAUAAAUGUGGUUGGAGCGCACUAUUUUGUGUUCCUAGAUAUAUUCCAAGCCUCAUAUUUAUUAGCCUGCAGCUUCCUCUCCUGUUACUCACCACUACACAUUAGUGUUCAAUAAAUCGCUGCUUCAUGGUUAUGCAAUCAA